AUGAGAGUUGAUUUAAGGUAUAUGAAGCCUUCCUCUCGCACGCUCAACGGCUUCAACGGAGCCUCGAAGCAAAUGAUCGGGAUUCAUCUUCCAGUAUACGCAGGUGGUAUAACCCGCACCGUCAAGUUCUCCGUCAUCCGUCCCAAAGCACCCUAUAAUGCCAUACUCGGAACACCAUGGCUGCAUUCCAUGAAAGCCGUUCCUUCGACCUAUCAUCAAUGCGUCAAGUUUCCUGGAAAGGACGGUAAAACACAGACGAUUCGGGGAGAUCAACAAGCCGCGAAAGAACUGCUGAUCGCAACUGUAAAGAUGCAGCAACAGCCUUCCCUUGUCAACUCCGUUAGUAAACCACUCCACAAGAUAUACCCCCAAAAGGAGGAAGUUCGCGAAGUCGCGAUCGACGAGUCCGACCCGACGAAAAUCAUCCGAGUGGGCGUCUACCUGUCCGACGACAUAUGUUCAAGGAUCAUCUCUUUCAUCAAAGUCAACGCCUCGACGUUCACCUGGAAGACCUCCGACAUGAAGGGGAUCGACCCCGCAGUUACCUCUCAUGAACUGCACGUCGACCCGACGUUCAAACCCAUCCGACGGAAGCGACGAAAACUCGGUACAGAACGAUCUAAAGCCGUAAACGAAGAAGUCGAUAGGCUCCUCGACGCGGGUUUCAUUACCGAAGUCCGAUACUCCGAAUGUUACCCACUCCCUCAUAUCGAUCGUCUCGUCGAAUCAACUGCUGGUAACGAACUCCUAACCUUCAUGGACGCUUUCUCGGGAUACAACCAGAUUUUGAUGCAUCCCGACGAUCACGAGAAGACAACAUUCAUCACCGACAGAGGGACUUACUGCUACAAGGUGAUGCCCUUCGGGCUAAAGAACGCCGGCGCGACCUAUCCGCGACUCGUCAACCGAAUGUUCGCUGAUCAGCUUGGCAACACCAUGGAAGUGUACAUCGACGAUAUGUUAGUCAAAUCGCUCAAGGCCGACGAUCACCUAAACAACUUACGCGACUGCUUCAAGAUCUUGAACGACUACGGGAUGAAGCUCAACCCGGCCAAGUGUACCUUCGGUGUCACUUCCGGGGAAUUCCUCGGCUACAUUGUCACUCAGCGAGGAAUCGGAGCUAACCCCAAGCAGAUCUCGGCGAUUUUCGACCUUCUGAGCCCGAAGAAUAGCCGCGAAGUACAGCGACUUACGGGAAGCAUAGCAGCUCUCAACAGGUUCAUCUCGCGAUCAACCGAUAAGUGUCUUCCCUUCUACGAGCUACUAAGGGGCAACAAGAGGUUCGUCUGGGACUAA